GUCCGCGAUCUGGAAGCCAAACUGCUCAAAACCGACCAGGAUUUGGAAGUCAAAUUGAUGACUGCCCAGAAGGAACUACAAUCCUCCAGGGUCAAGAACUCACAGCUAAGCGCUGAAAACCGCGAAAUCCAGCAGCAGUUGGCACAGUUGUCCAGGACGUCGACAGACUACGAGGACCUGGUGAGAAAGAAGGAGAGCGAACUGGCGCUGCUUCGCUCAGAUAAUAAGAGGUUUGAGAUGGAGCGGCGCAGCUUCGAGGACCAGAAGAAGGCUCUCAGCGCCGAGAGGGAAAAGGCCGCCGACCGGCUUCGCGAAGUCCAAGCCCAACUCUCUGCGAUGAAAUCCCAGCAGGCCCAACUUCACCGGGAAGCCGAGGAUGCAAAGAGACUGCUUGAGGCUAGGCUCUCGGAAGAUGCCCAGGCUGAUGAGAACCGGCAAGUUCUCGAGUCUCAAAUCAGGGAUUUGAAAGAGGAGUUGUACAACACCCAAAUGGAGCUCAGCAGGGAGCGCCAGUCGCGCGAUGAUGUCGCCCUGCUCAGCGAACACAAGUACCAGACGCUGAAGGACGAGUACGACCAUCUGAAUGAGUCAAAGAUCAUCAUAGAGAAAGAACUCUACGCCCAGCAAGACACUCUUCGUCGGACCAUGGAGGCCCGAACGACCGCUGAACGGGAACGGGACGAGGCUCGCGAGGAAAUCCGCCGACUUCGUGUUGCCAAGACCCAGGCUGAGGAGGCUCGUCGGGAGGCCGAAAUUGUGGGUGAGCGGGCCGCUUUCAAGGUUGCGCGGGAACGGGAAGAGAGUUUGCGAAAGGAUCUGGAGGCAGCUCAAGGGCGGCUCAAGUGGUUCGAAGCCGAAUGUGCUAAAUUGAACCAUCAAGUCGAAGACCUGAACAAGCUGAUUCUCGAAUCGGGCGAGUUUGGGUUGAAGAACGACCAGGCGAAAGAGCGGCUGGAACGUGAGCUUCAUACUGUGAAGAGCCGGCUUGCUGCCUCCGAAAAUGACAACCGGGCGCUUCUCAAUAAACUCCAGCAGAAGGGCCUCGAAAUUGCUCGCUCAACGUCACGAGCAAGUGAGGCCUCGCGUGGUCAAAUUGUCGCAUUACAGCGCGAGAAGGCAAAGUUGGAAGAGCAAAAUGCCAAACUAAACAAGCAGCUCGGUGACUCCCAGGUUACCAUUGCUUCUCUGGAAAAGCGGCUCGAAAAGCUACAACUGAAUCUGGAGGAUCUCAACCACGAGGUGGCCAGAGAAGUGCAGAGCAGCCGCAAUGCGGAAAAGGCUUCAUCCAACUUCACCGUUCAGUUGGCCGAGGCCAACCGCACCAUUGAAUCGGAAAAGCAGCUCCGAGCCCAGGCGCAGGGAACUGUGCGUACCCUGCAAGCCACGCUGGAUGCUCGGGAUACGGAGCUUGCGGAACUACGGGCACAGCUGCUGAGCGCACUUAAGACGGUUGAUCCCGAGUCUCUGCCACCCGUCCACGCAGACAGCGGCCCGGGAAAGUUUCUCAGCAAAAACUUCGACUUGGUCCGGAAGAUUGAGGAGCUGCAGCAGAACUUGCGUGUGCAGACAGCUGCUCGGGUCAACGCGGAGGCCCAAUUAGCGGAGCUGAGGGCAUCCAGAAACGACUCUCCCACUAGGCGUGGCCUCCAAGAGAUCAGCAUCAACGAGGCUCCUUUCAACACCUCGCCGACCCAGAAACGGUCGAAACCCAAUGGCCGCCAUUACUCGAACACACCAUCGACGCCGCCCCGUCGGUUUGCAAACCCCGAUCCCGACCAUCUCCACGACUCAGUCCGUUCGGACAAAACUGCAGAUACCCUAAGCUUCAACAAUCGCAUGGACCUGAAGACUGAGGUCGAGGAGCUGCAAAACCAGCUGCAGCUUGCACAGAUGCAGAACCGGCACCUCCAGAGCCAGCUGGAGCGGUCAGCACCGACUUCAGAAACGUACACUGACGACAGCGGCCGGGUACGGAAGCUGGAGCAGGCGAACGGCAGGCUACACGAUAUGCUCGACAAGUCCUCGCAGCAAGUAUCUGCACUCGAGAAAGCCCUACGCACUGGGGAACUCUCGCUUCGCGACAUCCAGACCAAGUCGUAUGAGGAGAUUCUUGACCUGCUCCACAGCCAAGAGGACUCCCGGCGGUCGCUUCUGCAUAGCCAUAAUGAUGCCAUCGCUGAGCUGACCGAGAUGAAGGGACAUUUGGACCGGCUGAGGCACGAUCGGGCGAAGCUCGAGGUGGACUUUCGUGAUGCCAAGUCGGACCUCCAGGAGAUGACGCUUGCGAGAGAGCAGGAGGCCACUAGCCGGGCUCAGCUGCUCCAGGAGUUCGCCGACCUUCAGAUUCGCAUGGACGCCGAGACUUCCAAGCUGGUUGAUGUGACCGCUAGUCUUGCGCUUUACAAGAGCCGCGCAGACGAGUACUUUAGCAAGCUGGAACAGGCCGAGAUUGCCGUACUCAAGGCGACCAGAGCGGAGCAGUUCGCCAAGACGCAGGCGAAGGAGGCCGAGGAUAACUGCGCAGAGAUGAUGGCGGAGCGAAAGCGUCUCGAGGUUACCAUAGAGGAUCUCCAGCGGCAGACUCAGAGACUCGAGGAAAAGAUUGAGGACAUGUCGACGGAUUUGGACUCGGCCAUGCAGGCGAAGAAGAGGCUGCAGCACGAGCUCGAGGACUAUCGCAAUCAACGAGCCAACGACAUCGAGGACAAGGAGUCGAGCAUGGAACAGCUGCGAAAGAAGUACCAAGCCGAGUUUGCAACCCUCACCAAGGAGCUGGAUCUCACGCGCGAAGAGAAGCUGUUCAAGCAGGCCGAGAUUACGCGGUUGCGCGAGGAGCUUGAUGAUCUCCGGUCCAAGUGGGAUGACGAAGUGCUCAACAGCUCAACGUGGUCCAAGGAGAAGGCCCGCUUGCAGUCGACGCUUUCAGAUGUAGUGGCUUCCCGCGACGAGGCGGUCGCCGCUCAUAACGAGGCUCAAGGCAAAGUCGUGUCUCUCCUGUCACAAGUGCGCUCACUCCGGUCGUCGGUGGAUGAGCUUACUGCGGAGCGCGACACCCUGCUUCGCGAGAAGCGGAGCAUCGAGUCCAGGUUGGAAGAGGCCAAGGCAGGACUUGAAGAGCUCGCCAAGAGCGAGAGCCCUUCACUUCGCAACGCGGCCAACAUUGACAAAGAGAUUCUCGAGCUUAAGGCCGGACUCGCUCAACAGGAGGACAUUGCGGCGGCGGCCGUGGAAAAGAUGCGCCGAGCUGAGUCACUCGUGUCGGAGAUCCAGAAGGACAUUAUCGCGGAGAGGGAGGCGAGCGCCGAGCUACAGAAGCAGAAGGCCUCCUUGGAAAAAUCGCUCAACGAGGUGCAGCUCAAGCUGAUCGACCUUGAGACUAA